AUGUUGGUCAUAAACAACUGUCAGUUUAAUGAUGAGGGAAAUUACAGUAUAGAAGCCUUGGGCAAAAAGUCAACUGCUACACUCACUGUGGAGGGUAAGCAUGGAACCAUUGUUUUUAGACUUGAAACCCUUUGAGUGGUUUUUGUUUGAUAUCAUCAAAAGUUGUGAUUCAUUCAUUCUUUUGCUAGUUGGAAUAAUUUUCUCUUAACUAAGUCCAUUAUGCACACACCUAACAUAAUAUAGGUAUGAGGCUCAAAUUUGAAUUGCCACUUCAGGACCAAACUGAGAAGGAAGGUAACACUGCUCGGUUUGAGCUUGAGAUCUCUCAUGAGAAUGUACCCGUGACAUGGUACAAAAAUGAAGUAAAAUUCCAUGUGAGCAGAACCGUGCUCAUCCAUAGUCGUAGAAAGAAACACACGUUAGAAAUCAAGGAGUUGACUCUAGAUGAUAUCUGCCAGGUUAAGGCAGAGGCUAAAGGAAUUCUCUCAAUGGCAAAGCUGACGGUGAUAGGUAACCCCUGCUUUGUUGCUUUACUCAAAUUGUUUGUCAUUCAAGGAUUUGCCCCAUGCUACAGUACAUAA